AGGUGGCGCCUCUAGGCGGACAAAAUCCUUCAUCAGGGUGGUAGCAAGUAACACAGAAUGAGAGAGUCUAGUCAGUUGUAGGUGCAGUGCGUGCCAGUGCAGCGGAUACAAAAACUGUGGGUUUUCGAGAACGGUGUGGGCUGGAGUGCGCGCGGUUAGGUUGUGUAUCGUGUAAGGGCGAACGAAGCGAAAUAAGGUGACAUCACGGUGGGGUUAACGGGGUUGCACGAUGCCCCCCAUAAUCGGGGAAACCUUUCGCAUAUGGUUUCUAUCCGCAUUGGUUGUUCACGGUGCCGUUGCUGGAAAUCCGGACGCAAAGCGGCUCUACGACGACCUUCUAUCUAACUACAAUAAGCUUGUGCGACCGGUGGUGAAUACCUCGGAUGUUCUUCGCGUGUGCAUUAAGCUCAAGCUUUCACAACUCAUCGACGUGAAUCUCAAAAAUCAAAUCAUGACGACGAAUCUCUGGGUUGAGCAGUCAUGGUACGACUACAAACUGAGGUGGGAGCCAAAGGAGUAUGGAGGAGUACACAUGUUACACGUACCCUCUGAUCACAUAUGGCGACCUGACAUAGUUCUUUACAAUAACGCUGAUGGAAAUUACGAGGUGACAUUGAUGACAAAGGCGACAGUGUACUUUUCUGGAUUGGUCGUUUGGCAGCCACCAGCUGUUUAUAAAUCUUCCUGCACCAUCGACGUUGAAUUCUUUCCAUACGACAUACAGACCUGUGUUUUGAAGUUAGGCUCCUGGACUUAUGAUGGUUUCAAGGUUGACCUGAGGCACAUGGAUGAAAAAUCUGGAAGCAAUGUUGUGGACGUUGGCGUCGAUUUAUCCGAGUUCUAUAUGUCAGUAGAGUGGGAUAUCCUCGAAGUACCAGCAGUAAGAAAUGAAAAGUUUUACACAUGUUGCGACGAGCCUUAUUUGGAUAUUACUUUCAACAUCACCAUGAGAAGAAAAACGCUUUUCUACACCGUCAACAUUAUUAUUCCUUGCAUGGGAAUUUCAUUUCUUACUGUACUAACUUUUUAUCUUCCAAGCGAUAGUGGUGAGAAGGUGACACUGUCUAUUUCUAUUCUUAUUAGUCUUCACGUGUUCUUCCUCCUGGUCGUCGAGAUCAUUCCUCCAACUUCCUUGGUUGUGCCACUCCUUGGAAAAUAUUUGAUAUUUGCCAUGAUUCUCGUUUCCAUAAGCAUAUGCGUCACCGUAGUGGUACUUAACGUUCAUUUUCGCUCGCCACAAACUCAUAAAAUGGCACCAUGGGUAAAAAGAGUAUUUAUUCACAUAUUGCCCCGGCUAUUAGUGAUGCGAAGGCCUCAAUACAAAUUCGAUACAAAUCGUUAUUCGUCGGGCCGAGUUCUUAUGAGAACCGUGAGAGGAAAGGAAAAGACCUGCUACUAUCCUUACCAUCCUGGAUCUCAUGAAGAAAGUGAUGAGCAUCUUACGCCUGGAAGAUUUCACAGUCGUCCUGUCUCAAAAGAAGAUUUGUCUUCCUCAAGCCUUACUGAUGGUGCUCGAUUUGGAGGAAGUUGUCAGAUUCAUGGACCUCCUUUGCCACCACUUCCACUGCGUGCAGAAUGUGAAGAUCUCUCAAUUGCUGCAGAACCAGUUGAGGAGUUUAAAAAUCCUGUUCUACGAAAUGCAUCCACAUUUUCACAUUCCAGAUGUCCACCGGAAAUUCAUAGAUCUUGCAUUUGUGUUAGAUUUAUAGCAGAACAUACAAAAAUGCUAGAGGACUCUACAAAGGUAAAAGAAGAUUGGAAAUAUGUAGCAAUGGUCCUUGACAGGCUAUUUCUGUGGAUCUUCACAUUAGCAGUUUUAGUUGGAACUGCAGGUAUCAUCUUACAAGCUCCAACUCUCUAUGAUGAUAGAGUUCCUAUUGAUAAGAAAUUUAGCGAAUUUGCAACAACAACAGUCGUCAGAUGUCCUCCACAGCAAUAGUCUGCGCUCGAGCCCUGCACCAUAGAAUAAGGAAUUAAAUAAAAUAAAAAAAAAAAAAAA